AAUCAAGCUGUGCUUUUCUGAGCUCCUUCGUUCCUUGUCCUAGGCUAAGGCAGGGCUGGUGGUUGAUCUGGUGGAACGUUGCCCCUCGAGGACUCGACUUUGUGGGGUAAUGUUCACCCCCUGGGGCACAGCCCAUCAGCUUUGGGGUUUCCAGGUGGUGUGGACUCGCUUUCCUUUAGGGCACAUCCAUGAAUGAUGGCAGCAAAAGUUCACUAGUCUCAGGCAGGAGAGGGGAAGGGAUUAAUGUGAGGCAGUUGAGCAAAAUGGGUCGAAACAGUACAAAUGGUGCCUGAUGCAUGGGGGUCCCUGUGAAGCUCAGUGCUGCUUGGCCUUAGGUUUAUCGCUCAGUAUUUGGCCACUGAAGGGCUGGCUGGUGGCUCCUGCUUGGUGUCUGGAGGGGAGGAGGGCAGCCAAGGUGGCAGGAUGGUGCGGGGGGAACUCUGUGGAUCUUGAGGCAUUUGUUACCUUUCCAGGUGUGGGCUGCCUCCAAGCACCCUGAGUUCCUCUUGCUUGCCACCCCGUGUUCUAUGAUGGGCUAGGGGUAGUGGGUGCCCACCAGGCAGCCUGCCUGUUCCUGUGUUGCUUGUGGUGCCCUUCCAGGGCUUGUAGAUGUACUCAGUGGGGAAAUCCUUGAGGAUGGGGAGGUAUUUUCUAUGGGGAGGGGUCAAAGCUGCCAGGGAGGCCACCCCCUUCUUCACAUGGCUUUGGGUUUCAUGCCUACUGAAUGUGCACCCUAUCCCAGUCUGUCUUCUUGCCUCAGGCAAUGGGUGAGUAGACCUGGAAAUAGCAGUGGAAAAAGGCACUACCUGCUAGCUGCAGCCAGUUGCUGGUGUUGAAGGACUGGUUGGUGUCCACCAGGAGCUCCUCCAAGACCCGUGGGAUACCAUGGUAGUGUGGGGACAGGGUCCCCAAGAGCCUGGCAAGUGCUGAUGGGUGUUGAGGUAGAUAUUUUGAUGUUCAGCCCUUCUUCCCAGCAGUCCCACAGGUCCCUGCAGGUGAAGAAGCAGGGAACAGGGUGCUGAGCAAGGUGGUGGAUUUAGUCCUUGGUGCACAGCUGGGUUGUGAUGGUGAUGGUGGGGUAGCCUGUCUGGCCCUGGUGUGGGGUGUUGGGGUUAGAUGGGGCAUGGGGUGGGAGGACUUGAGGCUUAUCCUUGAGGGAAGUACCUCCCUCCAGGCACAGAGAUGCUGGGGGUUGUCAUCAGGGUCAGGCUGCAGGCAGAUGAGGUUGCUGACCAUCUGGUGAAAAGUGGGGAUGCUGGUGGUGUAGAAAAACUCCCUCCAGAGGAGCUGCCCAUGCAGAGAUGCGACCAGGGGUGCUCCUGCUGCUAGUGAGGGCAGGAUCAGCCUCUCUGGUCUGGCCCCUCUCUUCUCUAGCCCCUCACCCCUUCUGCCAGGUUCUUCUGGCUCACCCUCUGACCUCCACCCCAAAAAUGUCACCUCACCCCUGGUAGACCUUGUGUAGCUGCCACCAGAAGGUGCAAAUCAACAGGCAGCUGAAUUUGAGAUAGAGACUGAGGAUGGUGGUGCUGGGGCUCAGCAAGGUGGGCUCUGUCUUGGGCUUCUUGAAGCUGCACACCAAGACCUGGAUGGGGGUGAAGGGUGGGACACUGGGGUUAUCUUCUGGGGUGGGGAGAGGCAAAGCAGCCCCAAAAUUAGGGUGAUGGGAACUGAAUGCUGACUGUCCUCUCCGUGAGCCAGGCAAGUGCUGCCAUCUCCCUGCCAGGGUGGAGGUGAGGAUCCACCUUGGUGAGGUCCUGGCCCAGCUCCAAGGUGGGGACCCUGUGGUCAGCAGCAUGGCAGCCUGGGGUGUUGUGUGGUGGGGGUGUGACAGCCAUCACUCGGCUCCAAGAUGAGCGAGGAGGGAGAUGCUGACCCAGCUUCAUGCUUUACCUUCCCAGGUCCACCCCAUGCUUACUCUGGGGAUGCUCCUGUGUGAGUGCUGGGGGUCUGAGGGAUGCCGAGGGGCUCUGCAGGUGCUUGUAGGUCAAGAGGGCUUUGCUGUUGUUCAGGGCAAGGACUCUGGGGUGGGAGAGGGAGGAACAUGCUCCCCUGUACCCUGAGGGAUGGUACCAAGUACCCACCUCUUGGUGUCAUAGACAGUGUGGGUCACCUCCACGCCGUGCUGGGCUGCAAGGGCAGCGUCGUGCUGGUGGGUGAACGGUUUGGUGUCCACCUUGAAGGUCAACUGUGUCAUCCCCCAGGGAUGGAAGAGACGGGGGAACACCUCUUCUGGGCAGCCUUGUACUGUGAGCAGCCUGCCAGGGAGCCGGGUGGGCAUAAAGCCCCUCGAGACCCCUCCCCAGAUCCCUUGAGGACGGCACUGGGGCUCACCUGGAGCCCAUUUCCUUCAGGCUCCCAUCCAAGUCACCUAGGGCAUCGAGGAGGAACUGCUGGGCAUUGGUGCCUGCCUGGCCACUGCAGGGGUUGAGGAUGAAGAGGGGAUGAAGGUGAUCCUGGAAGAUCUUCCUCCUUCCUGAACCCAGGGGGCUGAUGCAUCCCUCCUCCCUGCCCCGGUGCCCAACUCCUGCAUCUAAGGAUCCUUUCCCCGCCGCUGGGAAUGAGGGUCUCUCCUGCCUGUUGGCUCUCGGCCUCGCUCGCUGCAGGCUGGUUUAGGCGGCUCCUGCACAAACCCAAGCCCAGUUUGGUGGAGAGCAGCCUCAACACCGGCCGCUCUGCUUCUUCCUUGCCUUCGUCUUCCUCAUCUUCUGCCAAGAGCUCCAGCUCCUCUCCUGACGUGAGCCUGUCCGGGUCCAUUCGCUUGUCACCAGUCUCGGUGUUGGACAUCAACGCCUCAGACAGCGCCCGGUGGGCCAAGAGCUACGAUGUCUGCAUCUGCCACAGUGAGGUGGACCUGGAGCUGGUGGAGGAGCUGGUGUCCUACCUGGAGAGUCAACCCGAAAGCUUCCGUUGCUUCCUCCAGCUGCGGGACGCGGUGCCGGGAAGCGCGGUGGUGACAGAACUGUGCAACGCUGUGCAGAACAGCCACUGCUGGGUCAUGCUCAUCACCCCCAGCUUCCUCCAGGACCCUUGGUGCAAGUUCCAGAUGCACCAGGCUUUGGCGGAAGCUCCGCUGGCCAAUGGGCGCACCAUCCCGGUGUUGAAGGGUGUGGAUCGGAAGGAUUAUCCCAAGGAGCUGCGAAACCUCUACUACAUCUACAUGGCGCUGAAGGAGAACAGCUUCAGGCAGAUCAGAGACACCGUCGUGCGCUACCUCCAGGAUCUGUGCCGGAGCUCCACGAGCUGGACUGAGUAGUGCUGGGAGCAGGCAGAGGCAUCCCUGCGGGUGUUUCAGGGCUGCUGCCACCGGAUCGGGAUGCGGCCGUGUCCCAACGGACCUCGGGGGUGAAGCUGAGCUGCUUGGACCAGACCUGGGAGCUGGAGGGGGAGUGACCACCAUCCCAGUGGCCAAAAUCCCCUUGGUGUGGGGAUGGGGAUGUCGUCCAGCAGGUCCCCACUGUUGAUCACGCAAACACUAAGCCCUGAUGUAGGGUGGGUCGGGGUGGUGUUUCCCCUCCACCCCUGACCCUGGGCUGGGACUGGUCCUGGGGGGCUUCAGACCCCCAGUAUGCUGACAUGGUGCCUGAGCUGCGGGCAGGAAAAGGAGGAGCAGGCACCGGCUGACUCUCUGCAUGGGUUUGGGAAUAUGAAAAUGCAGAAGUUUCAAA